AGGAGGAAGUUAUAUGGAAUGAACGACCUUGACAUUGAAGUCUACAGCUACUGGAGGAUUCUCGUCGAUGAGGCUCUCAAUCCAUUCUAUGCCUUCCAGUUAUUCAGCGUGACAGUCUGGAUGUUGGACAGCUACUACAUAUUUGCAGGUUGCGUCGUCCUUAUAUCUGUAUUCUCAUUGACUCUCCAAGUCGUCGAGUUGAGGAAGCAACGGGUUAAUUUAAAGAGGAUGAUAACCACAGAACAACUGAAUAUCCCAGUGGUUAACGCAAGUUUUCGCGUUGUAAAAAGCACGUCAUCACGUGAUCUGGUUCCUGGUGACGUCAUUUUUUUCGACCCUCACCACCAUUACUUCAUAAUGCCUUGCGACGCCAUUCUCAUUGGCGGAAAUGUCGUUGUUGACGAAGGGAUCCUGACAGGGGAAAGCAUACCUGUAACCAAACUUCCAAUACCCUCAACAUCAUCAUCAUCCUCACCACCGCCUUCAUCACCACAAUCAUCAUCAUCGUCGUCAUCAUCAUCGUAUUCAUCGUCAUCAUGUCACAAACACAUUUUAUUCUGCGGAACGAAAAUACUUCAAAUCCGUUCUCAAGUCAGGGCCAUUGUCCUUAGGACGGGUUUUAGCACGGCAAAAGGCCAGCUAGUAAGAUCCAUAAUGUACCCCAAGCCAAUUGGCGAGUCAUUUUACUCUGACGCUUUCAAAUUCGUGAUAUUCCUUAUACUGCUGGCCCUCGUUGGCAUGAUAUAUGCCUUUUGUAUUCUUUCACUAUAUCAGGUUUCUGACAAAAUAUUCGACCGGAUCAUAACCUCCCUGGACAUCAUCACCAUCGCAGUACCCCCUGCACUGCCCGCCGCUCUGACCGUGGGUCUACUCUACGCCCAGAGCAGAUUGAAAAACAAAGGCAUAUUCUGCACCAACCCGAGAUCAAUAAAUUUAUCGGCUAACGUAGAUUGCUGCUGCUUCGACAAGACAGGCACGUUGACGGAAGAAGGUUUGAAUUUUUGGGGCGUGGUCGAAGUUGAUGACGAUGCUACCAAAACAUUCAAAGAACCAAUCAGAGAGCUGGAAAAUGUGCCAAGUGAUCAUUCAUUGGUCGUAGCCAUGGCCUCUUGCCACAACUUGAAUGUGAUUGGUGGAGAAGUUAAUGGCGAUCCGUUGGAUGUAAAAAUGUUCGAGGCAGUUAACUGGAUAAUUGAAGACGAAACAAGCACAGAACACGCUGGUUCUUUGAUUGUCAGACCUCAAAAUUCAGAAGUUUGUCCCAUUUUCCAGUUUGAAUUAGCCAAAAACUAUUCACGAAAUGUGGUCCUGCUACGUCAGUUUCCAUUUGAAUCCUCCCUCCAACGAAUGGGAGUCAUCGUAAAAAUUAGGUCAACCAAUGAAAUUGUCGCUUUCGUUAAGGGAGCCCCAGAGACUAUGAAAUCAUUUUGCAAAACGGAUUCACUGCCGACAGAUUUCGAAGAGACAUUGAGGGAUUACACAAGCAGGGGUCUAAGGGUUAUUGCAAUCUCAUCCAAGAAGCUGGAAGCAUCAUUGAACUGCUCUGACGUUAAGAGGUUGUUCUGGAGUUUAAACGAAAUCGAAACUGCACUCAACUUUAUGGGGUUUUUGAUAUUUGAGAAUAAACUGAAAGAGCAAACUGAAGCCAUCUUGAAGGAACUUCGCCAAGUCAACAUUAGAACGAUCAUGAUUACAGGCGACAACAUGGAGACGGCAAUUUGUGUGGCCCGUCAGUGUGGCAUGCUGAUGACUGGAUGGAAAGUCAUAAGGGUUGAGGCAACUACGUCAUCGUCAUCGUCAUCCAUAGACGACGAGAACAGGAAGUGCAUGAAAAAAGACGAUGACGGUGAAGACCAGGGAUGUGCUUGUUAUCAUUUCGUCAUUGAUGGAAAAAGUUUUGACGUCAUCGUCAAUCACUUCCGUUAUUUACUUCCAAAAAUAAUGACGAAAGCUACGAUAUUUGCACGUAUGUCACCAGAACAGAAGGCCUAUAUCAUUGAGUGUCUAAAAAACAUCGGUUACACGGUUUGCAUGUGUGGCGACGGGGCGAACGACUGCACGGCGUUAAAAUCCGCCCACAUUGGCGUCAGUUUGUCGCAAUUUGAGGCUUCUGUAGCCGCUACAUUCACGUACAAUGAUAUGGAUGUGUCCUGCGUUCCCGCGAUUAUUAAAGAAGGAAAAGGAUCGUUAGUGACGUCAUUCGGCAUGUUCAACUUCAUGGCUCUCUAUAGCAUCAUUCAAUACUCAUCAUUCAUUAUAUUACUUGCCUGGAUGAAGAAGUUAGAAGACGGGAUGUUCCUAUUUAUAGAUCUCUUUUUGGUGACGUCACUGACGUUUACGAUGGGCAGAACUCACCCUAGUGACCAUCUUACGAAAAGACGACCGCCCAGUAGAUUAGCUUCACCCGGCAACAUCAUUGGUCUGCUCAGUCACGUGCUCAUUCAAGUUGGAUUCCAAUUGGCUGGAAUCAUGUUUCUCAAGAACCAAUCAUGGUACAAAUCCGACAUGGACAAGACAUGCAUUUUUUACAUAACAUUGUUCCAAUACACGAACAUAGCGCUCACGUUCAGCUUAGGCUACGAAUUCAAAAAACCCUUCUGGACCAAUGCCUGGUUCAUGGUUGUACUAGUUGCUUCCGUUGUGUCGUCUGUCGUGUUUGUGUUUGACCCACUGAAAAUAUCUUAUUAUCUAUUCAAUACGAAUUGGAUAGGCGACGUCUUCUUCCGAAUCCUCCUCCUCAAUUUCGUCGUACUAAAUGGCAUAUGCACACAACUACUGCAAAUGUUAAUAAGAAGCCAGUGGUGCAUUCGAACGUGCGACUCAUCACCUUGCAGGCCGGGACCACAACCGCUACACCAGAUCAUCAGCAGACAGCUUAAUAAGGACUACACUUGGCCACCGUAUGAGCAAAAAAUGAAACACAGCUGACGGCCAGCCGGAAAUAAACACGCACACACAACACACGUACACACAUACAUAUAUAUACAUUCUGAUUUUCUGACCUCAUCUCGACUAAGUUAGCCGUCACUGCAAAACCUUGAAACUUCUAGUAUAUAUUCUAGUAUUUUUUUCUGUUAAUUUAUUAUCAUUGUUAAUGUAAUUGUUAUUAUUAUUGUUGCUGUUGUUAUUAUUAUUGUUGUUGCUAUUACUAUUAUUGUUGCUAUUAUUAUUUUUUUGUUGUAGUCGUUAACUUAUCGUUACCCUAUUGCAUUUAAAGCCAUUGUCAUCAUUAUUAAUAUCAUUAAUUAAAUAUAUAUGUUCUGGCCAAUUCUAUUACCUCGGGGACUAUGAGCACUGACAAUAAUAAUAAUAAUUAAUUGAUUAAUGAAUUAAUUAAUCAAUACAAAUUUACAAAUUAUAUUUAACCGGGUUAGAUAAUAAAAAGAAAUGUUGGGUUAGAAUAUUCACGAUAUAUCUAACAAACGAAAAAACGAACGAACAAACGAACGAACGAACGAAUAUAUGUAAGGAUGAAUACAAGAAUGAAAAAAUGGAUGAAUUAAUCAAUGGAUGAAUGAACGAACGAAUGAACAAACCCAACCAAUCACAACAACACACAGUAUGUGUUCUAAAUAUAAGUUAUUGGUAAACACAGCUGUGUUUUUUCCGUUUGUGCGCGCAUACGCACACACGUACACACACACACACACGUACAAACAAACACAUACACACACGUAUUAAUAGCUUCUCAAAACAUUAAAAAAUAUGUGAAACU